UAUUGAUGAUCUGCGUGCACGGCCACACUGGCGAACAAAUCGAUUUAUUCUACACAAAAAGAAACGCCAUAAAUUCGCAAAGUUGUCGCCGAAAAAUUCGACACCCACGUCGCCACCAUUAAGGAGUCCGCUGAAGUUUACCUAACAAAGCCCAUAUAUUUAAGGAACUAAAUCAAAUCAGCAACACGACAGCGCAAGCUCGCCACGUCAGUGGGAGUGAGCUAGAGAGCAUAAGCGAGCGAACAAGAGUCAUUGAGAGAUAAAAAAGGAAAAAUGUUCAGUAACUUUAAGGAGCGUUUAAUAUCGGCCAUAGCGCCAGAUUUGCCUCCAAUACCUGGCAGUGCGGAGCGGGGUAGUGGGCAUCACAAUUCCCAGCACCAGCGACUGCGAUUUGGGGGAUCUAGCGGACAUCCGAUGCCGGACAAGUUCCCCUACGCCCGACCGCCCUUUUUGCAACUUCUCACGCCAGAUGAACUACGCGCAUCAGCGGACCACAAUGUGCGCCCCAUCAUCGUGCCACGGGACAUAAACCUGCUUCCCUGGUGUACCGGAUAUGCCGAGUGCGUCAAUUCAGGAAAGUCCGAGUGGAACGAAGACCAAGGCGCUUUCUGCCGGCAAGUUCUUUCAGAUCCGGAGCACAAGCACCCAGAUCUCCCGUACACUUAUUUCGGCAUUUUCGACGGACACGCCGGAUAUGGAGCAGCACUGGCCGCCUCGCAUCAAUUCCAUCACAUCCUGCACGAAAAGCUAGUGGACUGCCUGGAGCUGCUCCUGCCACGGGAUGCGGAAACUACCAGUGGCGGGGUUGAUGGCACUAAACUAAAUCCCGCAUUCCCGCAUCCUAUAUAUUUCCAGCGCCGAGUAACUAAGGACGAGCUUAUCAUCGGAGCUCUAGAGAGUGCGUUUUUUAACAUGGACUCGCUAAUAGCGCAGGACAGUGAUCGUUAUCGAGAUGCCGGUGGUUGCACCGCCUGUGUUUCAUUGUUUAUCGAUGGCAAGAUGUAUGUGGCGAAUGCCGGAGACUCCAGAGCUGUGCUCUGUCAAAGGCGUGCAACUCCCCAAAAGCCUCGAACGGAUACGGACUCUGUCAUUGAACCGGAUCCACUAGAAGCUAGUUGUUAUCCAGUGCUGUAUUCUGCGGAUCACACGCCUGAAACGGAACGCGAACGUCUGCUAAAUGUGGCCAAAUUAAAACCACACCUCAUGGGUCAACAUUAUGUGGCCAUGGAGUACUCGAAGCGACCGCACAUCAAGGACAUGGGCCAGCGCAUUCUCUGCAGGCAAGGUACCAUGCGUGGCUGGACAUACAAGACACUGACUAGGGAUGAUCUCCGCAUGCCGGUAGUCAACGGUGAGGGCAAAAGAAGCCGCUUGCUGGGCACACUGGGUGUAACGCGUGGUUUUGGCGAUCAUGAGCUGCUGGCCAUUAACACCGGUAUACAGAUAAAACCCUUUCUCACGCCCCAUCCCGAUGUGAGGCAAAGAGAUCUCACGCAGGUGGUUAGUAUUCCCGAUGAGGACAACCGGGAUGGUGAUUACGGAGUGCUCGUCAUGGCCACCGAUGGACUGUGGGAUGUUUCCGAAAAUGAAGCCGUUUCUCGCACCGUCUUCCAGACACUUUCCAAAUAUCCAGCAGAGAAGCAUCGCUAUACGAUGGUUGCUCAGGAGCUGGUGGCUCGUGCUCGUGGAAAAAUCAAUGACUCCGGGCACUGGCGUCUCGCCGAUAGUAAGGCAGCAGCCACUGUCGAUGACAUAUCGGUGAUGGUGAUCCCCGUUAGUCAGUAUUACAAGGAGCACGUGGAGUGGACGCAGAACUACAAAAAGGAUCUUGAAGAGCGACGCCGACAGGCACGGGCCAACGUGGCCCAGGAGGCGGUGAUCGUGCUCAACGGCGUUAUUGCCGAGGAAGCUCACGUCGUCGAGGAGGAGGAAGAGGGUGAGGUGAUUGUCCAUGAGGCCAAGACUUCGCAGAAACAACAGCGACUAGAGGAGGCAGUCGAUGAAACCCUGGAGGUAGAACUGACCCCAUCACUGGAGCAGGUUCAACUUAAAGAUACCGAUUCAACAGCGGAUGACUUUUGCAAGGAUAAGGAUAAGGACAGAGUCGAUUCAACGACGCGACAGCAGCCGCAUCAUAAAGGUCGUAAAGGCAAAGGCAAGAACUAGGACAAAGAACCUGUAACACAGGCCGAUAAAGUAUGCUUAUUUAAAAACAGCGAUAAUUAAACGGAUGCAGAUGAGACAGUUAUUGGCACGUCUAUAUUUUUUUACACUUCACAUAGGAACAAAUUCAAAACAUUCAAAGUUUUUACAUACUUCGCUUAUGUACUAACCAAAACGAUAUAAUUUCGCAAGUCAACUUAAUUACAUUCUACAAUAAUUUGCUGUAAUUAAGAUAGUUUGUGUUGGUCCAACACAGUUAUUGAAUGAACAAAGCUCCUCAGCAAUGUUAGGAAAAGUUCGAUUAUCACACGUGAACACUUUACGAUUCCAAUUAAAAACUAAAAACACGAUAAAUAAAAAGUAUUUUAAGCUGCGUAAAACAUAAACGAAAUGAUAAAAUAAAAUAAAACAACAAUUAUUGUUAACUAGAUGAGAGCGAAAUAAUUAUUGGGGCAAAUAAUACUAUGAUUUACAAAAUCGGAACAUUAUUUUGCCAUUUAAUAACACAUUUAGGUAAUAUGAAAUCACAUGAGCAGUACCGCCACCGGCUGAGACAAUUAUUUAAUAUUGAUUAACAGAGUAACGGGUAUCUGAUAGCCGCGACACAUGAAUAUAGCGCAACUUCUUGGUUAGGGUGGAGUCUUGUAAAUGUCUUCGAUCACCAUUUUGUGAUAAGACCUUAUCUGAAAUAAUAAAAACAAAGCGAUAACCACUAGAAA